AUGACCUUGGAGCUCCGAGGGCUUGUGCUUGGUUCCAGGGAGCAAAGGUGGCACACGCCAACGUCAAACGAGAACAAGAUUCACCAGGUGAAUGUCUCAGCCCUGCACAGCGGCAAACAAUGGAAACCAUAUCAAUUGAUCUUCAUCGGACGGCCUUUGGCAUCUUUGUACCUUUUCCGGCUUCCGAUUUCCAUGACCAGCUUUCCAAUUGUUUCGGCAACCGUUGAGCUAAAGUUUGGAGAGUCACGCCAGCAAAAGUCCGAUGAUACUGCACACACGCAGCUGAAUCGCAGUCUGCGCGUGCCCGGCCACGGGCCAUUUGCUAGUAUCUGCCCGGACACGGGCCUCUAUUGUGAUUGCAUGAUUUGAUGCCUGAAGAUGGAGGGGGGGUUGCAUAGCGACCGGUUUGGAAGGAUUUAGGGUUUAAUAAUUAUAAGGAUUGGAGAUUUAGGGUUUAGGGCCGCUCAAAGCAAGCGCCGCCCGUAGCUGAAUCUUUUGGCCCGGGGCCCCAAGAAGAACUUUGGGGGCACAUCCGAGGGAAGCGGUGCUGUGGCGCCGCCUGGAGCGCAAAACGGAGCCCAAUGUUCUGGGGGCCCACGGGAGCCUGGGCAUCCCCCUCGUUUUGUAAUUACUUUGAGCUUGAAGUUCCGCUGGACGCGAGGAAACUUCGCUCCAUUUUUCUACCCUCUGCUUUUAGCUUUCGGCGUUGGAAGCAACUACGGGCGCGAGGAAGCUUCGCUUCAUUUCCUUUGGGGACACGGUUCCCACAUUUCUGCCCGGGGGCAAAAAAUAAGGUAUGGUUAGGCGACUUCGGUUUUCUUCCAAUUCAGUUUGCGCUUGCGCUCUUGCGAAG